CAUUCUAAACAAAUUAAUAACACCAUUCAUAUUUUGUUAACAGAAUUUUGUGUACCUUUUUUUACCUAAUUAACAGUUUUAUCUUUUGUAUGUUUACACUUUGCACUCAAAAUAAUUUAAUUUCAUUCUUCUCUAAUUUUUAUAUUUUUACUAUAUAAUAAAGUCAUCACAAAAACCGUUAUUCACAAAAACCUGCAAUAAAUUGAUUUGUUUACCCGAGUUAGAAUAGGUAAUACUAUUGUCCAAUAAACCUAACACUAUUUCAGUUUUGUGGCCCUGUCUAGCCAGGAACCCUUGUCCUUUUCAAAACAUUUGUCAGUAUUUAAUAAACUGUUCUCAUGUUUGCAACAAAAAUGUAUCAGAGUAAUAUUGAUUUUGUUCUCAUAUAUUUCAUUCUUCUUUUUCACAAUGUCGUAAUAAGUACACCUGUAAUAAAUAUUUACAAAACUGUUAGUCUUAGUUCAACUUCUGAUACAGAAGGUGUUGCAGAAAGUGUGACGUCGGGGAUCUUAUUAGCACUACAACAUUGCCAAAACGUGUUUUUGUGGGAUAAGUGGAAUUGCACCAAUGUAGAAUUUCAUAGAUUAACAAAAUCCACGGCAACAAAGGAGGCUGCUUUUUCUAAAGCGAUACUUGCCGCAGCAGUUGUGCAUUCCAUCACUAGAGAUUGUAGUAGAGGUGACAUUCAAGAUUGCAGUUGUAAACCAGUUCGGAACGAACUCCGCGGAUAUAACAGUAACCAUCGCAAGAAUAUUCAAUCUGUAACAGAUUCUACGUUAGAUGAAGCAAAUGAUUCUAAUAGUAUUAAAGAUUGGUCCUGGAGUGGUUGUUCUGAUGAUACAUCAUUUGGAAAUUUAGUCGCUAAAGAUUAUAUAACUUUCGAAGAUGAUGUUUUUGGAUCUGUUGGAAAGCAUAAUUAUCGCGUAGGAAGAGAGAUUGUUUAUCAGACAAUGAUUAAAAGAUGUCGCUGCCACGGAGUAUCUGGAAGUUGUUCAACGAAAACUUGUUGGAUGCAAGUGGCUCCUUUUAAAGAUGUGGCUAGGAAACUCAAAGAAAAAUAUAAUAAAGCAGUUCGAUUAUCCCAAGAUAAUGUAGAAGCUGCAGUAGCUCUAAGCAAUAGUAUAAAAAACGACAAGAAAUAUUUGCCAGCUCCAGAAUAUGCUUUGGUUUAUUUAGAGCAGAGCCCGGAUUAUUGUAUACUCAAUGCAACUAAUGGUUGGCCGGGAACCAAAGGCCGUACGUGUUCGAAAACUCUUUCAGAAUUUACAUCAGUAUCGGAACGAAAAAGUUGUAGAAAUUUGUGCAGACAAUGUGGCCAUAGAGUAAAGAAAGAAACACGAACAGUCAAGAAAAGUUGUAAUUGUAACUUUCAGUGGUGUUGUUCAGUGAAAUGUGACAUAUGUCUUGAAAAAGUGGAAAGACAUUAUUGUGUGUAGGACCUAGUAUAAGAAAUAGUUUUUAUUCUUCAGACUAUCGAGAUGAAACGAACAGUCUAUGUUCUGCUUUCUUUAGUUAGUAUCAACCACUGAGAAAGAAAUGAGGUAACUUCAAGGCAUAGUAAUUUCAUUAGGCUUAAAUCGACGCUGUUCUAAAAUAAUGACAAUUUGUGGAAUAGCUGUGAUGUUUUAUAUUUUAGUGGCUUAUAGUGGUAUAAUAGAGUGUAAUGUGAUUAAUGAGAGGACUACGACACAAAAUUAUCUCAACACAAGAAACUGUGUAAAUUUAGAAGAAGAUAUUGAUGAAAAUGUGACGAAGAAUAUAUCAGAUAUAGCAGAAUCCCGAAAGAAGAAAACAUCAGGAGGCAUGAUGACAAAAAUAAUGCCGAUGUUGGUGACGCCGUUCAUUAUGCAGACAGCUAUGAUGCCAAUGAUGCUGAUGGGUCUGAAAUUUAUGCUCACUAAUAGUAUGUUCUUGGGAAAGUUAGCUAUUAUAUUUUGGAUUAUAACUUUACUAAAGAAUAAAAUGGAGGAUGAUGAA